AUGAUCGUUUUAGCAUUUGCUGCGUCCGAGAUAUUUCGAAUCUUUUUCCGAAUGUUCCUUGGAAUCGUCGGGUUUGGUCUUAUUCACGGUCUGUGCAUUAUGCCUGUUUAUAUGUCCUUGCUGUGUUGGAAGCCUUCAGUUACCCCAUCUCCCUCAGUCAGAGUUAGCACAGAAAGACUAGGCAACAUAAACAAGAAAGAUGAAGGUGGCCACGAUUUGCAGCUGGCAGUGACUGGAAAUGAAAACCCGGGUCUAGCAGCCGAGAACCCUUCUUUUGAGUUAGCUGCAGAAGAAAAUGCCAACGAAGUGCAUCCUAAUAGUAAUGAGAGACAGGAAAAUGAUGAAACAGAUUACCAUCAAUAUAUAGUGAACCUUUUCAAAGGACGUCAGAACGAGGGCUUAGAAACUGGUGACGAUGAGCUAGAUGCCUCGACAAAGCGUGAGCGAGAAGCUGGAUCGUGAAGAUAAUCCGAGGCUACUCGGGCGUGACCGGACCUUAGUUGACAUAGCAAGUUAUAACCUUAAAGAGUCCAGUUUGUGCAAUUUCUUUUUGUGUGAGUUAGGAAAAGGUUUGAACGCCGACUAUUGCAGUUUUGUUUGUUUUGUUUGUUUGUUCGUUUGUUUGUUUGGUUCGCCAGCAGCUUUACGUGAAAGGUAAAAACAUACUUUCUAUCUACGAUACCAGGCGCGUAGUAGGGGGGGGGAGGGUUGAGGGGUUCGGACGGACUAUCUUUGGAACGUAAAUAUUGAGGUUCCAGAAAACCCUGGAAAAAUUCGGAAAACUGCUAACUUUAUUACGGUCGUAGCUUAAAUUCUUAAUAAGCAUUGCUAAGAAGACUUGGGUACACUGUCAAAGUUCGAAGCAAUAUACAUGAACUAUUGAGUUAGUGCACGUUGAAUAACAAUGUGUACCACGGGCGAGAGUAGGCUCUCCUCCCUUGCUGUAAUGCAUAUCAGGUAUGAUUUACCUGAUGAUUUGGAAGAAAUUGUCACGUACUCUAUUUGGAAGUCUUUACGCAAGGAUGUUUAGUUUAUGAAUACCCAUGACCGGACGCAUAGAGCGUGUACCUUAAACAAAGUCUUAGGAAAAUUUCUAAACUGUCUUUUCAUUCUUUAUUCCUUCUGGUUUCACUGAGAUAUCAUUUUAUUGAAAGGAACGCAAAAACACACAUGAGAACAGGAGAGUCAAAUAUAAGAGCGAACUUAUCUGUAUCUAUAUCUGUCAAGAGAUUUUCUUUAUUCAUACAAGCAGAAUCAUAACGCUUUCUUCAGUUCGAGCCUUGAAAUGAAACGUGUUUUGAAAUACUUGUAUUUUUGCUAAGUUUUUCCUUUUCUUCCUGAAAGUGCUUGGUCCGCAUUUGGCUUUCAAUUUCAAAACGAACACCCCUUCUAAAACUCCAGCUACGCGCCGGGAUACUGAGAUAAAGUUGAUCCCUGUUUGUUCUGCGCGCAAUCCAAACAUGCGGAGAGAUAAUAACGUCUCUAUUGACCCCCCCUUGAGAGACUGAAGAUAUGACAUGAGUGCAAUAGAUUCCUCUAUAAACAAUAACCCACGUUCGAUAUAUCAAAAUUUUAAAAUGACUCUGAGGCUUUCUGGUUAUUCUUCUAUAAUAUUUGGUCUGGUUUUUAUGCUCAAGUCUCUUCUGGAAAAUGCGAGACAAAGGAUUCGUGAAAAUUUGAGCUAUACCCAUGAUCGAACGCAGUAGCAUAAAUUUGCAACGCAAUUUUUUUUCGCAAUUUUAGCAAAAAAAAUGAUUCCAAGAAAUAGUGAGAGACACUUAAUUGGAAAUAUCGCAAAAAUAGCACGACUUACAAAUUUAACAAAAUUCUAGACUUACAAUGGGAAAGGUAAAGAAGGGCCUCGGAAAGGUCGCAAAUUUCCCAAAAGUAACAAGAAAUAUCCUUGUAAUCUAAAGAGACAGGGUAAGAAAUAUCGCAAGAAUAGCAUGAAUAACAAAUUGAACACAAUUCUAGACUUAGAAAGGGAAAAGGCCAAGAAGGGUCUCAAGAAGGCCGCAAAUUUUACAAAUUUCGCAAAAGAAACAAGAAUUUUUCUUGAUAUCUAAAAAGACUGAGUAACAAAUAUUGCAAAAGUAGCAACAGUAAACAAACUUAACAAAGUUUUCAGACUUCAAAGAGAAAAGACAAAGAAGGGCCUCGGAAAGGUCGCAAAUUCCGCAAAAAAGGCAAGAAUAAUAAAUUUAGCAAAAUUCUACACUUAGAAAUAAAAAAGGUCAAGCAGGUUGUCGAGAAUGCCACAAAUUUCGCAUAAAGCGCAAAAGUGACAAGAAUUUUUCUUGCUAUGAAAAAAGACUGAGAAACAAAUAUCGCAAAGAAUAGCAAAAUUCUAGGGCUAGAAAGAGAAAAGGCAAGGAAGGGACUCGAAAAUUUGGCAGAUUUCGCCUUUUACUAUUCUUGUUACUUUGGGACGUUUUUUAUGGUGGGUUCUUGGCCAUGAAACGUUCUACUUACGUUUACGUUUGUUGCUGGCAUUUGCGCCCGUCUGUGAGCACUGGGUUUUGACAUUCCUAUAUCUAUGGGUCGGGAAGAAACACUGACGUGCGGGUGUCUUGGCCCCUUUUUGCCCUUCUUUUUAAUGCGCAAUUCUUGGCUAUUCUUUUUACUUUUGCGAAACCCAAGGCCUUCUUUUCCUUUAUUCUUUACAAGUCUGAACUUUUGCAAAUUGGAACAAUUUUGGUUGUUGUUGUUGUUGAUUUUUGCGAAAUUUGCGGACCGUUAGAGGGCCUUGUUUACCUUUACUCUUUUGCUGAAUUUGAUAUUCUUGUUAGCCUUGCGAUAUUUGUUAGCUUGUUUCUUUCUUAGCAAUGAAAAUUUUCGUUUGCGAUUUUUGCGAAAUUUGUGGACUUCUGGAGACCCUUCUAACCUUUGUUCUUUAUAAGUUUGAACUUCUCCACCAAUUAUGUUAGGGACUGUAAGGUUCUCGCUUGGCUAGUUAACGAAGGAACCAAGACUCUGUUCUUCUUCUUCUAAAUCUUUUAUUCUUCUCAUCGUUCAGCAGCUACAACAACUCUUCUUCUUCAUCUAGCAGCAACUGCUACUUGCAACUACUACUUGUAGACGUGUUUGGGUUAGCUGACCGUGAGAACUUUCCAUCUCAUAUCCUUUCGCUUAACUUGCGAAGAACAGAAUAGUCUACAUUGUUGUAAUUGACAGUACCAAAGAACCAAUUGAAGCGGUAAAACUGCUCGCUAGGUGGGACAAAGUAUACAAAUUAACAGUAACUUCAAUAUAGGUAAAACUCAAGGUCAGCUAUAAUCCCGAAUAUGCCUACUUCAAAGAUCUACAACUAAUUUUAACAAAUCCUUCAUAAAGACGAUUCUUCUCAAAAGCUCAAGGAACUAAACGUGUGGGCUAUACAUUGAAUUUCCUUGAACAGUUUAUUAAGAAACUAGCACGUACUACAAAAUAAUCAUUCGGAUACCCUAAAAAUAAGAAAAACCUUCAAAAUGCCAAAACUCGAAAACAAAACUAAAAUAAACUACUUGGUAACAAGUUGGAGGGACCUUCUUAACCUUUGUUCUUUAUAAGUAUGAACUUCUGCUAAAUUUGUAAUUCUUGGUAUUGAUUCGAUAUUUGUCAAAGUGUUUUUAUUUUUGCAAUGAAAAUUCUUGUUUUUAUACUUUUGCCAUUUUUGCGAAGUGUGCGGAUCAUUAGAGAGCCUUCCUUAACUUUUGUUCUUUAUAAGUAUGAACGUUUGCUAAAUUUGUUAUUCUUGGUAUUGAUUCGAUAUUUGUUAAAGUGUUUUUGUUUUUGCAAAAUUUGCGGACCACUCCUGUGGUAAGACUGACCGAGAGUCCUUGGACAACCUUCAUAGGCGUGCCGCCAGUAUUACUGAAGGCUACAGUUUCACAAUUGCAGACAUCUCGCAUGUUCAGUUUGCCUACGCUCCAGUCCCGCCGGGACUAUAUAUCUAAAGUGCAUGCUAGCGUUUAAAAGCCUUCAUGGCCUGGCUCCAGCAUAAUUACAAAAUGAAUUUAGCCACUGAUGCGCGAUUUCCAUUCAUAUAACACGCACCAUAGAGAUUUGCUCCGCCUGCCACUUGUUAGGACAACUAAGUACCGGGGCUCCUUCAGGUUCAGCGAAGCCAAGACCUGGAACACGCUUCCUCUGGCCCUGAGGAGCGAGCAUGAUAUUAGUAAGUUUGCGUUUUUCCUAAAAAGGCGCUUUAAAUCCAAGCCUAAAUGAGCCGCCCUUACUUUUGUUAUCCUAAGUUUUUAACAUUUUUUAUCAUUAUGUCUUGUGUGUUGUUUUUUCUUUUUCAUCAGGGUCUCAUUCAAACCAGCCUCGCUGAACUGGGCACACCUGACCAAAUGUUGUUUAAAAUAAAAUAAAUUAGAGGGCUUCCCGGAGGGUCUUCUUAGAGUUUUCGAUUAGAGUUUUCGCAAUGUUCACAGAGACUUUUAAAUUGAAAGGUGGUGGACGUUUCAGGGCUGCAUAACUACUUUCUGUUUUCUGACUGUUGUUUUCAGUGUCGUUGUCGCUCUCUUGGGUGCCUUCAGCUUCAGCGCCAUUCUCAGAAGCCACUUCCUCCUCCUCCUCUUGAUUUUCAAUAUCGGAUGAACUCUCCUCAUUAUUACUGUCGUUAUCCGGAGUAUUUUCUACAGUUCGGUGGCCUUUUUCCUUUUCUAUUAAAUCACUUAAUAACUUUUUGUUCUUGAUUAAACCUUUAUCGAUUCCUGACUGUGCAAGUCCAUCUAAAAAGUAUUCAGCGCACAAGGCUUGGUAACCUCAUUGUUAUGAGGGAGUAACACAUACUCAUCUAGCUCGGCGAUGUUUUUGACGGGAAUAGUGCGUUUAUUUCGAAGUAAUUGUCCGCCGGGAGUCCAGAAAAGGAUAUCUUUGGAAGCGGCCAUAAUAUGCAGCAAAUCAGAAGCACGCUUUUCCGACACUGCACGGGAAAGAUGACUCAAAACAUUUUUUCUUUUGGUUCUUCUUUUAUUCUUCAUCCUCGCCGCUUUCAUCACCAGAACUUCAUGUUCACUCUCGUGUUCUUCUUCAACCAAAUCUAUCUUUCUCUUCAUUUUGAUGAGUACCAGUGACAGACUUCGCUUCGAAUGUUCAACGUAGCGAUGCGUUACCUCUUUUAUAGCAUUAAAAUUCCUAAGCUUGAAACAAUAAGGGCUAAUACAUCUUCAAUAAAACCACUACCCUCUUGUACAAGCACUCGCUUCUUUGUUUUGUAAGGGACAUUUGGACUGGCCAGGUCAAGUAAAGCAUCCUUAUAUGGCAGCAAUAUCCACUUAUUUUCUGCGGGGAUGGGAAUGUGUCCCACAACCAUAUUGUAUAAGACUUGGACUAGUGCAUGUAGUUGCUGUCGAGAAAGCAGGGCGAUCAGCUAACAGUUGAGGAAAACCACGAUUGUUGUUCACUACACGAGAUAUUGCUACAAAAUGAACUAAGAAUGGCAGUUGGUAGUCUUUUAUAGAAUCUCGUGGAGGGAAGACAAUAGAAAUGAGGUGGUUGUGGUGGUGGAGGGAAAACAAUAGAAAUAUGGUAGUGGCGCUGGUGGUGGAAGGGAACAAUGGAAAUGUGAUGGUGGCAGUGGUGGAGCCGGUAGUGGUGGAGGUGGAGGGAAAUCAAUAG